AUGACGGAGGCCGAGGCCGUGAUGCGCGACCAGUCCGGGUACAUCACCCACACCUCGAAGAAAGACUUUGGCCCGCUCGAGUUCACAGGGAAGAUUGCAGGCGGAAUGAGGAUGGACCUGAAGAGGCGUCUGCCGCUGUAUGCCAGCGACUGGACGGAUGCGUUUAAGGCUGAGAACAUCGAAAAAUCUGUGUCCUCCAUCAUGUAUUUGUUCAUAGCGGCAUUGGCACCGGCGAUCACCUUCGGCAGCCGCUUCUUGGACGGCACCAAUGGUCAGUUUGGAGUGCUGGAGAUGAUCAUGUCCACCUGCAUCAGCGGCGUACUUUUCUCUACAUUCGCAGGGCAGCCUUUGUCCAUCCUCGGAGCAACCGGCCCCUUCCUGGCCUACACCCUCGUCGUCUACGACCUGGCGGAAGCUGUCGACAUUGAGUUCAUGCCCUUCUACUUCUGGACGUGCAUGUGGUGCUCGCUCUUCACCAUCCUCGUCGCAGUUUUCGAUCUCUGCGCUCUCAUGAAGCACGUGACGAUGUUCAGUGAAGACAUCUUCGCUGGAUUGAUAUCACUCAUCUUCAUCAUCGAUGGAGCGAGGCCCCUCAUUGAGAAUUUUGCAGAUGGUGUAAUGCCCCUGACCAAUGCCAUGUUCGAGAUGCUUCUCUUCCUCCUUACCUUUGGAUUGGCGACCUAUUUGUCCCACUUCCGGCGCAAGCCUUGGGCGCUCCGGUCUAUCCGCAACCUCCUGGCCAACUUCGCGGUGACCAUCGCCCUCGUUGUCGCAUCAGCGGUUGCUGCGAUCUACUCCAACGAGACAAACCUGAGGAUGUUGCAAGUGGACGCAGACUUCUCGCCAAACCUGGCCCUCUCCGAUGGCAGCAAGCGCCCCUGGAUCGUGAACCCCGCGGGCAUCGAGAGGCCCUUCCCUGCCUGGGCCAUUCCUUAUGCCAUUCUUCCAGCAAUUGGCUUUGCAGUGUUGGGGUACCUGGACCAGAACUUGACCUCUGUGAUUGUGAAUAGGCCCUCCAACAAUCUCAAAAAGGGUCCUGGAUAUCAUCUUGACCUCUUUGUCCGCGGAGCACUUACGCUGCCAGCUUGCGCCGUGCUCGGCCUCCCCCUUUCUGUGGCCUCCACCGUGCCGAGCAUUACUCACGUGAUCUCUUUGACCACCUACGAUGUUCAGGAGAUGCCGGGGGGCGGUGAGCGUAAAGUGCCGGUGAAGGUGGUGGAGCAACGCGCGACGAACUUUUUGAUACAUGUGCUCAUUGGCCUCGCACUCUUCCUUGCCCCGGCGCUGAAGCUCCUGCCGCGGUCGGUGCUGCAGGGUGUUUUCUUCUACAUGGGAAUCGCCAGCUUGACCGGCAACAACCUCUUUGACCGGCUCAAACUCUGGCUUAUUUGGGACCCGACCAAAUACCCACAGUACCACUACGUGCAGAAGCUUCCCAUCAUGCGUGUGCACUUGUACACCCUCGUCCAAGUGGUUUGCCUCGCCAUCUUGUAUGGCCUCAAGGCCAUCAAGGAGACCUCGGUCGUGUUCCCUUUUUUCAUGGCCUCCUUGGCCAUCGUCCGCAAGGGAAUGAGGUACAUGUUCACUGACGAGGAGCUCAAGGAGCUGGACGGUCUCCCGGGACAGGAGGAGGAGGAGGAGGAAGAGGAGGGACCCAAGCCGGAUCUCUUGAACCUGGACGUGAAGCCUGCCGGUCAGGACAAGGAAGCCUAA